AAUCACAUAAAAUGCGUCAACACAUAUUAUUGUGUAUUGUGUUUUGUGUACAAGGAAUUUUAGGAAAAAAAGGUUUUGGUCCAACGAAUCAAGAAUGGGGCUUAUCUAAAGUAAGACCUGGUGCCAAAUUGUUUUGGUGGUUGCACUAUACCACAGCAAACGUUUCUCAACCGACAGACAGACCUCUAAUAAUAUGGCUACAGGGUGGACCAGGAUGUUCAUCAAGCGGGUACGGUAAUUUUGCUGAAAUAGGUCCCUGGGAUAACAAACUAAAACCACGAAAACAUACGUGGGUUCAAUGGGUAAACGUUUUAUUUGUUGAUAAUCCUGUUGGAACUGGAUUAUCUUUUGUAUCCAAUAAUACCUUAUAUGCUAGGAAUAAUUCUCAAAUUGCAACUGACUUUCUGAAAUUUUUAAAAAAUUUCUAUAGAAAACUACCAAAAUUUAAGACAGUUCCAUUGUACAUAUUUUCUGAGUCCUACGGUGGAAAAAUGGCAGUAGAAAUAGCAUUGGUACUAUACCAAGCAAUACAAAAAGGUGAAAUAAAAUCAAACUUGAAGGGAGUUGGUCUUGGAGCUCCGUGGAUUUCACCGAUAGAUGCCAUUCUAAAUUAUGCGCCAUAUCUGCUAAACCUGGGACUAAUCGAUGUAGAUGGAUACCACAUAAUUAUGGAAGCUGCCGAAGCAACAAAAUACUACAUAGACACAGACAAUUUUGAAAGUGCGUUUCUAAUGUGGAAUACCAUUGUAAAUGUAGUUAAAGAAGAGUCUGAUGAAGUUGACUUUUACAAUGUUUUCAGAUAUUCACCCACUGUUAAACUACGGGGACUAAGUGAAGAUAUAGAUCCCAAAAUAGCCAAAUUAAUGAAUAGAAAAGUUGCUCGUACAUUGGGUAUUAAAUCUAAGUUUUUUGAAUUAAAAAAUGAAGUGUGGUCUCUAUUAGGUAAUGAUUUUAUGAAACCAGUGAAACAUAUAGUAGAAGCACUUCUUAAUCUAACAGACAUCACUGUUGCUGUAUAUACUGGCCAACUGGACUUAAUUGUGAAUACACCUGGGACGUUAAAAUGGGUUGAAGACAUUUCAUUUAAAGGGAAAGACGAAUGGAAAGAUGCACCUCGGUUAAUCAUGUCUGAAAACAAUAAGAGACAAGGAUAUUAUAAGAGGUCUGGUCAAUUUGCCUUUUACUGGGUAAACAAUGCAGGCCAUAUGGUACCUGGUGAUAAUCCAUCUGCGAUGCGUUUCAUUUUGAGGGACGUAACAAACAAUUUCGAAGUGACUGAAGAUAAUGACUUAAAUAAUUAAUUUUGUAAAGAAUAAAUAUUAUUUGAAAAUGUAU